AAUGCUGGGACUUGUUAUUAUAGUAAUUGUUAGCCAUGGAGUCACGGUGCCCCACUCCCUCUUCUGGGGCUGCCCUACAAUGCUGCAGCUUGCCCAAGGCUAUACAGUACAAGCUUCUCUAUGGAGGCAUAAUGGGGAUUGAACCCUAAGGGCUCUGCAGGCAGAAAAGCACAGCGGCAGUAGGACUGAACCACGAUCGAUUUUUCGGCACUCGCAUCAUUCUGCCUAGUUCAGAAGACAGAGCGGCCGGGAGUCCCAAAGCCGAUUCCUUGGAGAGCGGAGGAGACGCUUUGUUUUUGUCCUUCUAAAGGUUCGGGGAUCGAUUAUUCGCGGAAGCUUUUUCCUGGGCGGACUCUGCCGAGUCUCUCUAGAAUUAACCAACCGAACGUUAACCCCCCCGCCUCCUUUUUUGGUUUUGUUUAUGAAACCGCAACUACGGAAUAAAGCGAGGGACAAACUUCCACCGUCAGGGGACUGUUUGACGGGUUAGAACUAGAGGUUCCACUCAAGGCAACAGGGCGUCGAUCCCGGCUGCUCGGACUCCGCCUCUCGCGAUGCUGCGGUGGCUGAUAGGAGGGGGGCGAGAACCGCAGGGAUUGGCCGAGAAAUCUGUGCAGACCAUUGGAGAAGAACAAACACAGAACCCCUACACUGAACUCCUUGUACUGAAAGGUCAUCAUGAUAUAGUACGAUUUUUAGUAGCAGUAGAUAAUUGCAGGUUCGCAUCUGCUGGUGAUGAUGGAAUUGUAUGUUUGUGGAGCGCACAGACUGGAGAGAAGCUAUUCGAGCUACAUGCACAUACACAGAAAAUUACGGCACUUGCAGCUUUUCCUCUAUCAGAUGCUAGUGAAGAAAAAUGUCACAUGAUUUUAACAGCCGGUGCCGACAGGACUGUUAUAAUAUGGGAUUGUGACAGUGGUAGACAAAUUCAUAAAGUAUCCUGCUUUCAUUCUACUGUAAAGUGUUUGACAGUUCUUCAGAGGUUGAAUGUGUGGCUGUCUGGAGGGAGUGAUCUUUGUGUUUGGAACCAAAAAUUAGAUCUCCUGUGUAAAACAAGUCAUCUUAUUGAUGCAGAUAUCACUACUAUGAUUGAAUUGUCAGAAAACUGUGUGGCAGCAGCUGUUGGCAAAGAACUGAUGAUUUUUAGACUGACAACUUCCAGAGAUGGGUCUGAAUGGAAUGUCAUUGAAGUGAAACGUCUUCUUGACCAUCAGGACAAUAUAGUGUCGUUGGUCAGUGUCAGUGGAACGGCUUUUGCCACAGGCUCCCAUGCAGGGGAGAUGAUUGUCUGGGAUUCAGUGGACUGGACAAUGCAAGCUUAUGAACGCAACUGGGAUGCAUCUCUUCAUGUGGAUCCACAACAGGAAAUAAAAUUAUCACACAGCCAAAAUGAAGUUUCCAUCCAAUAUUUAGCUUCUGAUAAAGAGUGUGUGUUUGCUGCUGUUGGAAAGGGCAUAUAUGUGUAUAACCUUCAAAUGAAGCGUGUGAUUGCCUUCCAGAGGACUGCUCAUGACUCCACUGUCCUGCACAUUUCGAAACUUCCAAACAGGCAGAUAAUCUCCUGUUCAGAAGAUGGCAGUGUUCGAAUCUGGGAAUUAAGAGCAAAACAGCAACUUACAGCUGAGCCUGUUCCAACAGGCUUUUUCAAUAUCUGGGGAUUUGGAAAGACAAGCAAGCCAGCCAAUCAGACAGCAAAAAAGGCACCAGAGAGCACAACUAUUUACUUCCUGGAUCUUACUGGAGAUUUGAUUGGGCACUCCUCAGCUGUGCAGAUGUUCCUGUACUUCGGUGAUGAUGGCCUGGCAACAUGUUCUGCUGAUAACCUCAUUAUUUUGUGGAAAGAUGGAGAACGAGAGUCUAGACUGCGCAGCUUCAUGUUAUUUCAUAAAUUAAAACAAAGUGAAGAUUUGCAGCUUAGGAUCUAAGAUGCCUUUGUCAUGAAUAAAUGUAUGGAACAAAGUCUCAAAUAUAUCAAAUAUGUGUAAUUUUAUUUUUAAGUGUGUACCUUUAUUUGAAAAAAUAAUCCUGCAAUUAAAUGAAAUGUUCUUGUUGAA